GGGAUGAGUCGGGCUGGGCAUGAUUGCAUUGCGGGGAGGGAGGCUGGGGCUCCGUGAGACGUGCUCCUGGCACUGCCAGCUACUACUUGGCCCUCGCUGGUGGCCCGCCAGGACAAUGCCCCCCACAGCCAUCUCAUGCCCAUCACCACUGCCCUGGGGCAGCUGAACUGAGCGGAUGUGCCACGCCACCCACGAGACCCCUCUGCUGCACCACUUCAUGGCCCCCGUGAUGGCUCGCUGGCCUCCCUUCAGCCUCUGCCUCCUCCUGCUGCUGCUGUCCCCACCGCCACUGCCCUUGACAGGGGCCCAUCGCUUCUCCGCACCUAACACCACUCUCAACCACUUGGCACUGGCGCCUGGCCGAGGCACACUCUAUGUCGGCGCCGUGAACCGCCUCUUCCAGCUCAGCCCUGAGCUGCAGCUCGAGGCCAUGGCUGUCACUGGCCCUGUCAUCGACAGCCCCGACUGUGUGCCCUUCCGUGACCCGGCUGAGUGCCCACAGGCUCAGCUCACUGACAAUGCCAACCAGCUGCUGCUGGUGAGCAGCCGUGCCCAGGAACUGGUGGCCUGUGGGCAGGUGCGGCAGGGUGUGUGUGAGACACGGCGCCUCGGGGAUGUGGCCGAGGUGCUGUACCAGGCCGAGGACCCUGGUGACGGGCAGUUUGUGGCUGCCAAUACCCCGGGAGUGGCCACAGUCGGGCUGGUGGUGCCCUUGCCCGGCCAGGACCUCCUGCUUGUGGCCAGAGGCCUGGCGGGCAAGCUGUCGGCAGGGGUGCCACCCCUGGCCAUCCGCCAGCUGGCAGGGCCUCAGCCCUUCUCCAGCGAGGGCCUGGGCCGCCUGGUGGUAGGUGACUUCUCCGACUACAACAACAGCUACGUGGGGGCCUUUGCCGACGCCCGCUCCGCCUACUUUGUGUUCCGCCGCCGUGGGGCCCGGGCCCAGGCUGAGUACCGCUCCUACGUGGCCCGCGUCUGCCUGGGGGACACCAACCUGUACUCCUAUGUGGAGGUCCCCCUCGACUGCCAGGGCCAGGGCCUCAUCCAGGCCGCCUUCCUUGCCCCGGGCACCUUGCUAGGGGCGUUUGCCGCGGGCCCAGGGGGCACCCAGGCGGCGCUCUGCACCUUCCCCAUGGCGGAGCUGGGGGCCAGCAUGGAGCAGGCCCGGAGACUUUGCUACACGGCAGGCGGCCGGGGUCCCAGCGGCGCAGAAGAAGCCACCGUGGAGUACGGCGUCACGUCGCGCUGUGUCACCCUGCCCCUUGACUCCCCCGAGUCGUACCCCUGCGGCGACGAACACACCCCCAGCCCCAUUGCCGGCCGCCAGCCCCUGGAGGCCCAGCCUCUGCUGAAGCUCGGGCAGCCGGUCAGCGCCGUGGCAGCCCUCCAGGCAGACGGGCACAUGAUAGCCUUCCUAGGGGACACCCAGGGCCAGCUGCACAAGGUGCCCUCUCACCUGGCAGAACUGUCCCUGGUCUUUCUCCACGGCUCCCAGGGCCAGGUUUACCACUCCCAGCAAGUGGGGCCUCCAGGCUCAGCCAUCAGCCCAGACCUGCUGCUGGACAGCAGUGACAGUCACCUCUAUGUCCUGACUGCUCACCAGGUGGACCGGAUACCUGUGGCGGCCUGUCCCCAGUUCCCUGACUGUGCCAGCUGCCUCCAGGCCCAGGACCCGCUGUGUGGCUGGUGUGUCCUCCAGGGCAGGUGUACCCGGAAGGGCCAGUGCAGGCGUGCAGGCCAGCCGAACCAGUGGCUGUGGAGCUAUGAGGAGGACAGCCACUGCCUGCACAUCCAGAGCCUGCUGCCGAGCCACCACCCCCGCCAGGAGCAGGGCCAGGUCACUUUGUCUGUCCCCCGGCUGCCCAUCCUGGAUGCAGAUGAAUACUUCCAUUGUGCGUUCGGGGACUAUGACAGCUUGGCUCAUGUGGAAGGGCCCUACGUGGCCUGUGUCACCCCUCCCCAAGACCAGGUGCCACUUAACCCUCCAGGCACAGAACAUGUCACUGUGCCCCUGGCCCUGAUGUUCGAAGACGUGGCUGUGGCUGCCACCAACUUCUCCUUUUAUGACUGCAGUGCCAUCCAGGCCUUGGAGGCAGCUGCCCCGUGUCGUGCUUGCGUGGGCAGCAUCUGGCGGUGUCACUGGUGCCCCCAGAGUAGCCACUGUGUAUAUGGAGAGCACUGCCCAGAGGGCGAGAGGACCGUCUACAGCACCCAGGAGGUGGACGUCCAGGUGCGUGGCCCAGGGGCUUGCCCGCAGGUUGAAGGCCUGGCAGGUCCCCACCUGGUGCCUGUGGGCUGGGAGAGCCAUUUGGCCCUACGCGUGCGGAAUCUCCAGCAUUUCCGAGGCUUGCCUGCCUCCUUCCACUGCUGGCUGGAGCUGCCUGGAGAACUUCGGGGGCUGCCGGCCACCCUGGAGGAGACAGCAGGGGACUCGGGCCUCAUCCACUGCCAGGCCCACCAGUUCUACCCCUCCAUGUCCCAGCGGGAGCUCCCAGUGCCCAUCUACGUCACCCAGGGCGAGGCCCAGAGGCUGGACAACGCCCAUGCUCUUUAUGUGAUCCUGUACGACUGUGCCAUGGGCCACCCGGACUGCAGCCACUGCCAAGCGGCCAACAGGAGCCUGGGCUGCCUGUGGUGUGCUGAUGGCCAGCCUGCCUGUCGCUAUGGGCCCUUGUGCCCGCCGGGGGCUGUGGAGCUGCUGUGUCCUGCACCCAGCAUUGAUGCGGUGGAGCCCCUGACUGGUCCCCCUGAGGGAGGUUUGGCCCUCACCAUCCUGGGCUCCAACCUGGGCCGGGCCUUCGCUGAUGUGCAAUACGCCGUGAGCGUGGCCAGCCGGCCCUGCAGCCCUGAGCCCUCUCUCUACCGCACCUCAGCCCGGAUUGUGUGUGUGACAUCUCCUGCCCCCAAUGGCACCACUGGACCCGUCCAGGUGGCCAUUAAGAGCCAGCCACCAGGCAUCUCAAGCCAGCACUUCACCUACCAGGACCCUGUCCUGCUGAGCCUGAGUCCUCGCUGGGGUCCCCAGGCAGGGGGCACCCAGCUCACCAUCCGAGGUCAGCACCUCCAGACAGGUGGCAACACCAGUGCCUUCGUGGGUGGCCAACCCUGUCCCAUCCUGGAGCCAGUGUGUCCGGAGGCCAUUGUGUGCCGCACCAGGCCCCAGGCUGUCCCAGGAGAAGCAGCGGUCCUUGUGGUCUUUGGCCAUGCCCAGCGCACACUGCUCGCCAGCCCCUUCCGCUACACCGCCAACCCCCGGCUUGUAGCAGCGGAACCCAGUGCCAGCUUCCGGGGGGGUGGGCGGCUGAUCCGUGUCAGGGGCACCGGCCUGGAUGUGGUGCAGCGGCCCCUACUGUCUGUGUGGCUGGAGGCUGACACAGAGGCACAGGCUUCCAGGGCCCAGCCCCAGGACCCAGAGCCAAGGAGGAGCUGUGGAGCCCCUGCUGCGGAUCCCCAGGCUUGUAUCCAGCUUGGUGGGGGACUGCUGCAGUGCUCCACCGUCUGCUCUGUCAACUCGUCCAGCCUCCUCCUGUGCUGGAGCCCUGCCGUGCCAGACAGGGCCCGCCCGCAGCGGGUCUUCUUCACUCUAGACAACGUGCAAGUGGACUUUGCCAGCGCCAGUGGGGGCCAGGACUUCCUGUACCAGCCCAACCCCCGCCUGGCACCCCUCAGCCACGAGGGGCCUGCCCACCCCUACCGCCUCAAGCCAGGCCACAUCCUGGAUGUGGAGGGUGAGGGCCUCAACCUGGGCAUCAGCAAGGAAGAGGUGCGCGUGCACAUCGGCCGCAGCGAGUGCCUGGUGAAGACGCUCACGCGCACCCACCUGUACUGCGAGCCGCCUGCGCACGCCCCGCAGCCUGCCGAUGGCUCUGGUCUGCCACAGUUUGUGGUGCAGAUGGGCAAUGUGCGGCUGGCCCUGGGCCCUGUGCAGUACGAGGCUGAGCCCCCGCUGUCUGCCUUUCCCGUGGAGGCCCAGGCAGGCCUGGGCAUGGGUGCUGCCGUGCUGAUCGCCGCCGUGCUCCUCCUCACCCUCAUGUACAGGCACAAGAGUAAGCAGGCCCUGCGGGACUACCAGAAGGUGCUACUGCAGCUGGAGAGCCUGGAGACCGGCGUGGGGGACCAGUGCCGCAAGGAGUUCACAGACCUCAUGACGGAGAUGACCGACCUCAGCAGCGACCUGGAGGCCAGCGGGAUCCCCUUCCUGGACUACCGCACCUACGCCGAGCGCGCCUUCUUCCCUGGCCAUGGCGGUUGCCCACUGCAGCCCAAGCCCGAGGGGCCAGGGGAGGACGGCCGCUGCACCACUGCGCACCAGGGCCUCACGCAGCUCUCCAACCUGCUCAACAGCAAGCUCUUCCUCCUCACGCUCAUCCACACCCUGGAGGAGCAGCCCAGCUUUUCCCAGAGGGAUCGCUGCCAUGUGGCUUCGCUGCUGUCGCUAGCACUACACGGCAAGCUGGAGUACCUGACUGACAUCAUGAGGACCCUGCUGGGUGACCUGGCAGCCCAUUACGUGCACAGGAACCCCAAGCUCAUGCUACGCAGGACAGAGACUAUGGUGGAAAAACUGCUCACCAACUGGCUGUCCAUCUGCCUGUACGCCUUCCUGAGGGAGGUGGCCGGUGAGCCACUGUACAUGCUCUUCCGGGCCAUCCAGUACCAAGUGGACAAAGGCCCCGUGGACGCCGUGACAGGCAAGGCCAAACGGACCCUGAAUGAUAGCCGCCUGCUGCGGGAGGACGUGGAGUUCCAGCCCCUGACACUGAUGGUGCUGGUGGGGCCUGGGGCUGGCAGUGAGGUGCAGCGCGUGCCGGCCCGGGUGCUCGACACAGACACCAUCACCCAGGUCAAGGAGAAGGUGUUGGACCAAGUCUACAAGGGCACCCCCUUCUCCCAGAGGCCCUCAGUGCAUGCCCUAGACCUUGAGUGGCGCUCGGGCGUGGCUGGUCACCUCACCCUGUCGGAUGAAGACUUGACCUCCGUGACCCAAAACCAUUGGAAGAGACUCAACACUUUGCAGCACUACAAGGUCCCAGAUGGAGCAACAGUGGGGCUCGUCCCUCAGCUGCACAGCGGCAGCAGCAUCUCCCAGAGCCUGGCCCAGAGGUGCCCCUUGGGAGAGAACAUCCCCACGCUGGAGGAUGGCGAGGAGGGUGGGGUGUGCCUCUGGCACCUGGUGAAAGCCACCGAGGAGCCAGAAGGGGCCAAGGUGCGGUGCAGCAGCCUGCGGGAGCGGGAGCCAGCGAGGGCCAAGGCCAUUCCGGAAAUCUACCUCACGCGUCUGUUGUCCAUGAAGGGCACGCUGCAGAAGUUUGUGGACGACACCUUCCAGGCCAUUCUCAGUGUGAACCGGCCCAUCCCCAUUGCUGUCAAGUACCUGUUUGACCUUCUGGAUGAACUCGCAGAGAAGCACGGCAUCGAGGACCCAGGGACCCUGCACAUCUGGAAGACUAACAGUCUGCUGCUGCGGUUCUGGGUGAAUGCCUUGAAGAACCCACAGCUCAUCUUUGAUGUGCGGGUGUCGGACAACGUGGACGCCAUCCUUGCUGUCAUCGCCCAGACCUUUAUUGACUCCUGUACCACCUCGGAGCAUAAAGUGGGCCGGGAUUCCCCAGUGAACAAACUGCUCUACGCCCGGGAGAUCCCACGCUACAAGCAAAUGGUGGAAAGAUACUAUGCAGACAUUCGCCAGAGCUCUCCGGCGAGCUACCAGGAGAUGAACUCUGCCCUGGCUGAGCUCUCCGGGGUGAGGCAUGGCCCAGGGGGUGUGCCUGUCCACAUGUGGGUGGAAAGACUAGCAGAGGGGGGACUGGGCUUGAGGACCAGGCUGGGACCUCACUGCCCCCCUACACAUGGUGCCCCCAGAGCUACACUUCUGCUCCCCACUGUCUGGAGGCUCUGCAAGAACUCUACAACCACAUCCACAGGUACUACGAUCAGAUUAUCAGUGCCCUGGAGGAGGACCCUGUGGGCCAGAAGCUGCAGCUGGCCUGCCGCCUGCAGCAGGUUGCCGCCCUGGUGGAGAACAAAGUGACUGACCUGUGAGCUCUGGCUCAGACAGCAGCAAGCCGGAUCCACCACCACCGCAGUGCCUUAUGACCCCGGAACCGAGCCAGCCACUGAGGGGAGCUGGCAGAGCCUGGGGGCGCAGGGUGCACAGCCAGGCGCUGUGCCCAGCAGUGGGCUCCCUGCCUGCCACCUCCCCUGCCAGCCCACCCACCUUCUCCCCACCUGGGAUUAUUUCUAAUUUAUAAGGACCCCCCCUUCUUCCCCCUCUCCCCACUAUAUUUAUUUGCCUGCUGGAAAAUCACAUCUGGAAAUAAAAUAGAAAUAUGUCUUUAUUUU